GGCGGAGUCGGCGCUGCCCGCGCGUAGAGGCCGUGCCCCUCCCUGCCCGGGCUUCCUGGCUGUCAAACUGCGGCGGGAGCGCCGGCGCCGGCGGAGGACUCGAGGAGUACAGCCCAGCCGGAGCCCACCCAGACCGCGGCACGGACUGGAGCUCCCGGAUGUUUGGCAGAGGACGACGACCCAGCUCAGCUGAGGCGCCGCGGGACGCUCCGCCGUUCCUGCCCUGCGCCCGGCCCUUUCGCGGAUUCCUAAGGUCACCAGUCUGCUGAAAAGCCAGUUUUGCAUUGUGUGCCCAGGCUGCUCGCGCCCUAAUUUGCACUACUCAGCCGUGUGCUCCCAGUUGAAAUUACACGCGGCGAACCCGUGUGCAGCAGACUAGCAGGCGGGCGCGGGGCCAGGCGAUGGACUCCUAGUGCGAGAAGUGCGGAGGAGGUACUGCCCAUGCUGCCCUGCUUCCAGCUGCUGCGAAUAGGGGGCGGCAGGGGUGGCGACCUCUACACCUUCCACCCGCCCACUGGGGCUGGCUGUACCUACCGCUUGGGCCGAAGGGCGGACUUGUGCGAUGUGGCCCUGCGGCCCCAGCAGGAGCCUGGCCUCAUCUCUGGGGUCCACGCGGAGCUGCACGCUGAGCGCAGGGGCGAUGACUGGAGGGUCAGCCUGGAGGACCACAGCACCCAAGGGACUUUGGUCAAUAAUGUCCGACUCCCCAGGGGCCACAGGCUGGAGUUGAAUGAUGGUGACCUCCUGACCUUUGGCCCUGAAGAGCCCCCGGGUUCCAGCCCCUCGGAGUUCUACUUCAUGUUCCAGCAAGUGCGGGUCAAACCUCAGGACUUUGCUGCCAUUACCAUCCCUCGGUCAAGAGAAGCUGGGCCCAGAGCUGGUUUCCAGCCUGUGCUGCCCCCCCAGGGGGCCCCCCAUCGGCCCCUCAGCACCCUCUGCCCUGCUCCCAAGGCCACUCUGAUCCUCAGCUCCAUCGGCAGCCUCAGCAAGCUCCAGCCCCAGCCCCUCACCUUCUCCCGGGGCGGGGGUGGGGCCCAGAGUCUGUCCGUUCCCACCCCACCCCAGGAAGUGGGGCCCAUGCCUGGCCCACCCCCAAGAAACCGGAGGAAAUCAGCCCACCGAGUCCUGGCAGAACUGGAUGAUGAAAGUGAGGCUCCCCAGAGCCCCCCGGUGCUUACAGAGCCCAGGAAGAAGCUCUGCGUGGAGAAAGCCCCACGGACACCCAGUGGAAAUCGACGUGGCCGUCCUCGGAAGCUCCCAGUGAGCACCCACAUGGCUCACCCUGCAGUUGGGGUCGGGGAGCCCUGUGCAGCCCCUGGUUGCAGCCUGCCCCGGGAAGAAAAAGUAGCCUGGGUUCAGUGCGAUGGUUGUGACAUCUGGUACCACAUGGCUUGUGUUGGCUGCAGCAUCCAAGCUGCCAGGGAGGCGGACUUCCGAUGCCCAAGGUGCCGUGUUGGCACCCAGAUCUGAGGCCCACCAAGAAACCUCCAAUCCAGUUGGACACAGUGGGGUGCAGCUAGACCCUAAGAAUGCUUCCCUUCCCUCUGCAGGAGGGAAUGACUCCAAGGAGAGGUUGCUAUGGAUACUGAUUCAGGGCCUGGAGCAGGCCAAAGAAAGUGCUGCGCCCCCCCACCAUGCUGCCAGGAGCUGGGAUGUCCCCCGUUACAGGAUGUAAGGCCUUGUUGCCUUGGACACUAGAAGAUCCCAGCAGCACCCAGCAAUCUCAGAAGCCAUGCCUGGAAAGAUGGAGUUCUUAAUGUUCUUAGGCACCAGCUAAGGUACUCUGGCAAACAGCACGCAGUCCCCAAAAGUCCUCAUACUGACUGAUCCUGCUGCUGACCAUGACCUCAGUGAACCUGGGCUGGUUUGCAGCCUAUGCUUUCCAGACCUUUGCUUUUAUUUCCAAAUAAAGAACAAGCAGUUUUAUCCA